CCUUGAAUUCCCGCUCCGAUCAUGGCAGCCUCCGUCUUACCAUCUGCAUACCAGACGUCGGCAUCAUCGCCGGACUGGCUAAACAAAGGCGACAACGCAUGGCAGAUGACCUCCGCCACCCUUGUCGGACUCCAGAGCGUGCCAGGCCUCGUCAUCCUCUACGGCAGCAUCGUCAAGAAGAAAUGGGCGGUGAACUCAGCGUUCAUGGCACUCUACGCCUUCUCCGCCGUCGUCAUCUGUUGGGUUACUUGGGCCUACAAGAUGUCCUUUGGAGAGAAGCUCCUCCCUUUCUGGGGCAAAGCCGGCCCGGCGCUCGGCCAGAAGUUCCUUAUUAAACAAGCCGCCUUGCCGGCCUCCACCCAGUACCACUUCAACGGCGAGGUGGAGACGGCGAUGAUAACACCAUUUUAUCCGAUGGCUUCUAUGGUGUGGUUUCAAUGUGUGUUUGCGGCAAUAGCGGUGAUCUUAUUGGCAGGAUCGUUGCUCGGAAGGAUGAAUAUCAGAGCAUGGAUGGCGUUUGUGCCUUUAUGGCUGACUUUCUCUUACACGGUGGGGGCUUUCAGCUUAUGGGGCGGCGGUUUCUUGUUUCACUGGGGUGUCAUGGAUUAUUCCGGUGGCUAUGUCAUUCAUCUCUCUUCUGGGGUUGCUGGUUUUACAGCCGCUUACUGGGUGGGGCCACGAUUAACCAUAGACAGAGAAAGAUUUCCACCAAACAACGUCCUAAUGACGUUGGCCGGAGCAGGGCUGCUUUGGAUGGGUUGGGCAGGUUUCAACGGCGGAGACCCAUACAGCGCCAACAUCGACUCCUCCAUGGCCGUCCUCAACACCAACAUCUGCGCCGCCACCAGCCUCCUCGUCUGGACCUGGCUCGACGUCAUCUUCUUCGGAAAACCCUCCGUUAUCGGAGCUGUCCAAGGCAUGAUCACCGGACUUGUGUGCAUCACCCCAGGAGCCGGUCUCGUUCAAGGCUGGGCCGCCAUCAUAAUGGGUAUUCUCUCCGGCAGUAUCCCAUGGUUCACGAUGAUGGUGGUUCACAAGAGAUGGACUUUACUCCAACAAGUCGACGACACCCUCGGUGUCUUUCACACUCACGCGGUGGCCGGAUACCUUGGCGGAAUACUCACCGGACUCUUCGCAGAGCCCACCCUAUGCUCACUUUUCCUUCCCGUUACUAACUCAAGGGGCGGCAUUUAUGGCGGUUCAGGCGGCACGCAGAUACUGAAGCAGAUAGUUGGUGGCGCGUUUAUCAUUGGGUGGAACAUAGUGUCGACGUCGAUAAUCUGUGUAGUUAUUGGUUUGGUGAUUCCUUUGCGGAUGUCCGACGAACAGCUGUUGAUCGGAGAUGAUGCUGUUCACGGUGAGGAGGCGUAUGCAUUGUGGGGAGAUGGAGAGAAGUAUGAUGGGACAAAGCAUGGGUUUUAUUCCGAUGACACUUCACACCAUCGGCCAGUUAGUGGUGCUACUCAAGUGCUUUGAAACCUCGAGGAAAUAUUAUAUACAGAUAUACAAUUGUUGUAAGUUGUAGCACGUAGUUCCUUGACAUGCAUGGUCUCUCUCAUGUGUAUGUUUGGGCGUGUGAUUGAGA